AUGGCGACAGGUGGGGACCCAGAGGAGGAGCAGGUAGUCCCAAGUGAAGAGGAUGAAGCCGACGUGCGGGCUGUGCAGGCCCGGUACCUCCGGAGUCCCUCCCCCAGCCAGUACUCACUGGUCUCAGACGCAGAAACAGAAAGCAUUUUCAUGGAUCCCAUUCACCUCUCCUCAGCCGUCGCAGCUAAACAGAUCAUCAAUGAAGAACUCAAGCCUCGGGGGAUCAGAGCCGAGGCAGAGUGUCCAGGCAUGCUGGAGUCUGCCGAGCAGCUGCUGGUGGAGGACCUGUACAACCGCGUCAGGGAGAAGAUGGAUGACACCAGCCUGUACAAUACCCCCUGCGUCCUGGACCUACAGCGGGCCUUGGUCCAAGACCGCCAAGAGACCCCCUGGAACGAGGUGGAUGAGGUCUGGCCCAACGUCUUCAUAGCAGAGAAGACUGUGGCUGUGAACAAGGGGAGGCUGAAGAGGCUGGGAAUUACCCACAUCCUGAAUGCUGCUCAUGGCACUGGUGUCUACACUGGGCCUGAAUUCUAUGCUGGCAUGGAGAUCCAGUACCUGGGUGUUGAGGUGGAUGACUUCCCCGAGGUGGACAUCUCCCAGCAUUUCCGGAAGGCUGCCGAGUUCCUCGAUGAAGCCCUGCUGACCUACAGAGGGAGAGUCCUGGUCAGUAGCGAAAUGGGCAUCAGCCGGUCGGCAGUGCUGGUGGUGGCCUACCUGAUGAUCUUCCACGACAUGGCCAUCCUGGAGGCCUUGAUGACUGUGCGCAAGAAGCGGGCCAUCCACCCCAACGACGGCUUCCUGAAGCAGCUCCGGGAGCUCAACGAGAAGUUGAUGGAAGAGAGAGAAGAGGACUGUGGCCAGGAGGGUGGUGCAGAUGAGGGUGAGGAUGUGGGGAGCACUGUUGGGGCCAGAGUGCAUGCCCUCACAGUGGAGGAGGAGGAUGACACCACCAGCCACCUGAGUGGCUCCUCCUUGGGGAAGGCCAGCCGGGCCUCUAAGCCUCUCACCCUCAUUGAUGAAGAUGAGGAGGAGAAACUAUAUGAGGAGUGGAAGAAGAGGCAGGGCCUCCCCACAGGCAAGGUCCCCCAGGGUGACGACGGCAGGUGCUCAGCCUCCUCUGGCCAGGGCAGGGAGGAGCCCGAGGAUGAAGACGUGGAGAGGAUCAUUCGGGAGUGGCAGAGCCGAAAUGAGAGGUACGAGGCAGAAGGGCACCGGAGCUGGAGUAGGGAGGAGGACGAGGAGGAGGGGGGCAAUGCUGGCUCCUUUGUGGGGAGAAGACGGAGGCACACCCUGAGCGAGAGCAGCACCUCAGAGAGUGUAACCAGCCAUGACAUACGUGUCCUGAAGCAGCAGUUGGAGAUGAGCAGCCAGAACCGAGGUGGGAGACGCCGCUCCGACUCUGUGUCCACGGAGAGCACCUGGGACAUGUGGAACCAGAGGCUGCUGGAGAUUGAGAAGGAAGCUUCGCGGAGAUAUCACUCCAGGAACAAGAGGGAGGAGGUGGACACAAGCUCAGAGGCGGGGAGCAGGGUGCGAGAGGAUGACGAGGAGAGUGUGUCCUCUGAGGCCAGCUCCUUCUAUAACUUCUGCAGCAGGAACAAGGACAAACUCACUGCCCUAGAAAGAUGGAAGAUCAAGAGAAUCCAAUUUGGAUUUCACAAGAAAGACUUGGAGACAGGAGACAGCAGCAGUGAGCAAGGUGCAGAGGAGGCAGAAGGGGAGAAGAAGAGCCUCUCUGAUGUCAACCUUUCGGCCUACCAGGCCUGGAAGCUGAAACACCAGAAGAAGGUGGGCAGCGAGAACAAGGAGGAGGUGGUGGAGCUCAGCAAGGGAGAGGACAUGGCCUCAGCCAAGAAGAGGCAACGAAGGCUGGAGCUGCUGGAGAGAAGCAAGCAGACGCUGGAGGAGAGCCAGUCCAUGGGAAGCUGGGAGGCGGACAGCUCAGCUGCCAGCAGGAGCAUCCCCCUGUCUGCGUUCUGGUCUGCAGCCCCCUCAGUCAGUGCUGAUGGGGACACAGCAUCAGUACUCAGCGCCCAGAGCCACAGCUCCCACCCAUCUCAGGCUGUAAGCAACAUGGGGGGAUGCUUGGCUUCCAACCCCACGCCACUGCCUAACCUGCCAGUGGGGCCUGGAAACACCAUUUCCAUUGCCAGUAUCCAGAACUGGAUUGCUAAUGUAGUCAGCGAAACUCUCACCCAGAAGCAAAAUGAAAUGCUGUUGUCGUCCCGCUCACCAUCCAUUGCAAGCAUGAGGGUGGCACCAGCAGCUAGCUGCCUGGGGGAUGACCAAGUCUCCAUGCUCAGUGGACAGAGUGGCUCCUCCCUGGGCGGCUGCCUGCUGCCUCAAAGCCAGCCGAGACCCAGCUCUGACACGCCCUCUGUGCUGUCCUCCCACACUAUGCUGAGCUCGAGGGCCGAAGGUACUGGGAGCAAAGUAAAGGGGACCAGCAAGCCUAUCUAUAGCCUCUUUGCUGACAAUAUUGACCUAAAGGAACUUGGCCGGAAGGAGAGGGAGAUGCAGAUGGAGUUGAGGGAGAAGAUGUCUGAGUACAAAAUGGAGAAGCUGGCCUCUGACAACAAACGCAGCUCCCUUUUCAAGAAGAAGAAGGUCAAGGAAGAUGAGGAUGAUGAUGUGGGUGAUAGGGAUGAGGACACUGACAGUGCCAUAGGGAGCUUCCGCUAUUCUUCCCGCAGUAAUUCCCAAAAACCUGAAGCGGACACCUCCUCCUCCCUGGCCGUCUCUGAUGGCUAUGGAAGUGGCAGCAGAGCUGGCAAGGAGAUGGAUAGCAGUAUUAAUAAGUGGCUCAGUGGGCUCAGGACAGAGGAAAAAUCUCCUCCCCAAAGCGACUGGUCUGGAAGCUCCAGGGGGAAGUACACUAGAUCUUCCCUGCUCCGGGAGACAGAGUCUAAAUCCUCCAGUUACAAGUUCUCCAAAUCCCAGUCAGAGGAACAGGACACCGCCUCCUACCAUGAGGCCAAUGGCGGCUCUGUCAGAAGCACGUCACGGUUCUCUUCUUCCUCCACCAGGGAGGGCAAAGAGAUGCACAAGUUCUCCAGGUCGAUGUUCAGUGAAACCUCAAGCUCCCGCGAGGAAAGCCCAGAGCCCUACUUCUUCCGCCGGACCCCUGAGCCCUCCGAAGGGGGAGAGUCCCCGGAACCACGACGUCCAAACUGGGCCAGGCCCAGGGACUGGGAAGACGUGGAAGAGUCAUCCAGGUCAGACUUUGCUGAAUUUGGAGCCAAGAGGAAAUUCACCCAGAGCUUCACGAGGUCUGAAGAGGAGGGAGAGAAAGAGAGGACAGAAAACAGAGAAGAAGGGAGGUUUGCUUCAGGGCGGCGGUCCCAGUAUCGGAGAAGCACUGACAGAGAGGAAGAGGAAGAAAUGGAUGAUGAAGCCAUCAUUGCUGCCUGGAGGCGCCGGCAGGAAGAAACCAGGACUAAGCUGCAGAGGAGGAGGGAGGAUUAAGCUGGGCCAGGUGGGCCUGGGAGAGACUGAGAACACAGGAAGAAGCCAUACAGCUUAGCACAGGGCUCAGGGCACACAUUGCCACCGCCCAUCGAGGACAGGGACGUGGAGAGAAUCAUCCAGAGGGGCAGAGCCGAAAUGAGAGGUAGCAGGUAGCAGGGCACUGGAAGUAGGGUAAGGAGG